AGCCCGAGCGCCGCGGGCACCUCGGAGCCAUGGCCCCGUCGCUCCGCCGGCUCCUGCCGCCGCUGCUGCCGCCGCUGCUGCUGCUGCCGCCGCUGCUGGCCCACGCUGCAGGCACCAGCCUGGAGGAGAAGCUCAGCCAUGUCAAGCAGUACGAGAUAGUGAUGCCACAGCAGGUGCCAGUGCCCAGGGGCAAAAGAGACCUCUCUGUGCCACAGAGCCUCUACCCAGACCACAUCCUCUACAGCAUCCGUGCCGAGGGCAAGGACUACCUCCUGUGGCUGGAGAAGAACAAGGAGCUGCUGGGGCAGAACUACACCGAGCUGCACUACUUGGCUGACGGCACGGAGGUCACCGAGCGGCCAGAUGUCCAGGAUCACUGCUUCUAUCAGGGCCACGUGCAAGGAUACCCUGCGUCGGCAGCCAGCGUCAGCGCCUGCAGCGGGCUCAGUGGGUUUUUCCAGGUGAACGGCAGCACCUUCCUGCUGGAGCCGCUGGAGCCGCGGGCAGAGGGCCGGCACACGGUGUACAGAGCAGCUCACCUGCGGGCCAAGCGUGGGACCUGCCCGCAGCCCGCCCCCGGCUGGCAGUACGACCGCGAGCCGCCGGCUCCCGCAGCCAUGAAGCUCUACCGCUGGAAGUCAGCGCCGCUCCGCAAAGGCCCCAGGUACGUGGAGCUGGUCCUGGUUGUGGACAACGAGGAGUUCAGGAAGCACAGGGACCUGCGCACCGUGCAGAACCGCAUGAAGGAGAUCGUCAACCACGUCGACAAGCUCUAUCAGCCCCUGGCCCUGCGGGUGGCCCUGAUCGGCCUGGAGGUGUGGAGCCACAAGGACAAAAUCGCAGUGAGCCCCAACUCGGAGGUGACCCUGGACAACUUCCUGCGCUGGCGGGAGGCAGAGCUGCUGCCGAGGAAGCCCCACGACAACGCCCAGCUGAUCACGGGCAUCGACUUCCACGGCACCACCGUGGGGCUGGCCAAGAAGCUCGUCAUGUGCACCAGGGACUCGGGGGGCGUCAGCCAGGACCACAGCACGAACCCCAUGGGCGCUGCCUCUACCCUGGCUCACGAGCUGGGGCACAACCUGGGGAUGUCUCACGACGAGGACGUGGCUGGCUGCCGCUGUCCCGUGCCCAAGGCCGACGGAGGCUGCGUCAUGGCGGCCAGCGUGGGCUUGGUGUACCCCAAGCUGUUCAGCCGCUGCAGCGAGCAGGACAUGUGGCAGUUCCUCGGGGACCCCAGGACCAGCUGCCUGCUGAACGCCCCCAGGGCAGAGGAGCUGUAUGGGGGUCCGGUGUGCGGCAACCGCUUCGUGGAGCGGGGAGAGCAGUGCGACUGCGGCGCGCCGGAGGUGUGCUCUGACCCCUGCUGCAAUGCCACCACUUGCCAGCUGAGAGAGGGAGCCGAGUGUGCCCGAGGGGAAUGCUGCCAGGACUGCAAGGUGAAGGCCGCGGGGGAGCUGUGCCGGCCCAGCAAGAACGACUGCGACCUGCCCGAGCACUGCAGCGGCCGCAGCGCCGAGUGCCCCGAGGACGUGUUCCAGGAGAACGGGCGCCCCUGCCAGCGCGGCGCCGGCUACUGCUACAACGGCGCCUGCCCCUCGCACGGCCAGCAGUGCCGUGCCCUCUGGGGAGCAGAGGCCCAGGUGGCUCCUGAUGUCUGCUUUAAGCACAACAGCGAGCAGCACCUCCACCUCCACUGCCUCACCGAGUACGGGAAGCAACCCUGCAGCCCCAAGGACGUGAAGUGUGGCACGCUGCUGUGCCUGAGCGACAAGGCCAGCCCCAUCCUUGGCAGCGGCUCCUACUCCCUCUUCUUUGGGCGCUUCAAGUGCAAGGCCGUCAUCGCCGGCCACGAUGCCAACGAGGUGGUGGCCAAGCUCAGACUGGUUCCCACUGGUGCCAAAUGUGGGGAAGAGAUGGUCUGCUACGCCGGGCGCUGCCAGAACCUCCUGGUCUAUGGCAACAAGAACUGCUCGGCCAAGUGCAACAACCACGGGGUGUGCAACCACAAGCGGGAGUGCCACUGCGAGCCGGGCUGGGCAGCGCCCUACUGCCAGCAGAAGGUUUCAGAGGUGGUGGCAGGGAGCAGCAGUGUGGUGUUGGUGGCCGUGCUGGCGGUGCUGGCACUCUCUGGCGUCCUGCUUGGCGGUGCCGUUGUGCUCCUCAGAGGCCGGGGGAUGAGGCACUUCCAGAAAGGGAGGAGCUCGGGCAGGCCGCCCGCCGGCCUUGCCAACCCACUCUUCCAGGAGGGCAGCCAGAGCCGUGCCCACAGCCGUGCCCACAGCCGAGCCCAGAGCCGAGCCCGGCCCCGGCAGCUGUCGUGCGGUGACAUCGGGCAGCCCAGCCUGCUGAGCAGCACUGCAGCCCUGCCGGCAGCCCGCCCCCUCGGGCCCUGCCGCCCGGACCCAAAGAGCUGA